UUUUUUUUUUUUCUCUCCCUCUGAAAAAAAAAAAUGUCACAAGCUAAUAAUGAUGGCAUCAAAGUAAUUGAUGCUGAACCUGCACCUACCACAAAUACUGCCAAUAGUAAUAAUGCUUUUCAAGGUGCCAAUGCCAUCCUGAAUAACACUUUGGAUAGCUUUGCUAACUUGAGUUCUCGUCUUAAUCCUUUUACACAAAAAUUAAAUAAAGGUCUUGGUCAAGUUAGACAAUUUGCUCAAGAAAAAUUGGGGACUGCUGAAAAUAUUACAGAAUUACCUCAAGAAUAUAAAGAUUUGGAAAAGCGUGUUGAUGCUCUUCGUAGUGUUCAAGCCAACUUGUUAAAAAUAUCUCGUACAUUUAAUAGUUCAUCUUAUGACUAUCCUAUUCAAAUUCAAGAUUCUCUAAUUGGUAUUUCUAAUACGGUAACAAGAGAAAUUCAACAUUUAACAAUAUCAUCAGCUGCUGAUAGAAGUGAUGUAGAAGAACAACAACAACAGCAACAACAACAACCUAAUACAUUAUUACAUGGAUUAUCACGUGUUGCAGCUCAAGGUGCAGAAUCAAUUGGUAUCGAAGAGCCACUAGGUACUGCUCUUUUCAAAUAUUCAACAAUUACAUCAAAAGUCGCCGAUGCUCGUGUCAAGAUGGACCGUACCAUUGUUGAAAAGUUUAAUAAGCCAAUGCAAGCUACUUUGAAUUCAUCUUUGGAUCAAGCUUUAAAGGCAAGACGUCAUGUACAAUCCAUCCGAUUAACUUUAGAUGCUUGUAAAUCAAGAUAUCGAUCUGCUCGUCCUGAAAAGUUGGAAGCUGCUCGAUUAGAAGUAGAACAAGCUGAAGAUCAAUUUGUAGCUGCUGUUGAAGAAGCUACUCAUUUAAUGAAGACAGCUCUUGAAAAUCCUGAACCUUUCCGUAAUUUAGCAGACUUGGUUAAUGCUCAAUUACAAUACUUUAAAGAAGCUCAGGAACUUUUGUCUGAUCUUGCACCUGAAUUAGAUGAAAUUCAAGUUACUCAAGAAUCUCUAUACAGAAACAAUCAUACUUAAAAAUACAAAUAUAUUUUUAUAAAUAUUUAUUUAUCUAUUGUAUUAAAUAUUGUAUAUUAAUAAUAUUUGUAUGACAAACUGUAAAUCACAUGAAAGGAAGGGAAAUGUAUCUUUUUUUUUCUUUUUCUUUUCUUUUCUUUUCUUUACUCAUUUUAUAAAAUGUCGAAUAAAAGGAAGCAAUCUUUAAAC